GUCAGACCCGAUUCUGGCGACGAACUCAAACAUCAGCCAGGACGGGGCCAACAGUUCACGUCCGAUGGUUUUCAUUUCCUCGCAAUCUCCUUCUCUGGUGACCCAACGAGGUUUGGGCAACAGCUGACAAAGUUCGGGCAGCAGGAAUAUCCUUUCAGCAGCGGACAGCAUGCUCGGGAGCAGCGGCGAUGCUAGUGGCAACCUUGGGCAGCGGUAAUGGUGAAAUCGGGCAGCAGUAGCACGACCUACGUCGAUGCUCGAUCUACAUUUGAUUGAAUUGAAACGAAUCGAGGUGCAAAGUUGGAAAUUGUUGCAUCACAUGGCAGGCAGUACCGCCGGGACGGUACCGGGCUACCUUCACACUCUAUUGGUUCCUUUCGCCUCUGCUGGUAGCUGUGACCGACCGGCACCCAGGUACCGUACGAACGGUACCCCGUAUCGUGAAGGGUACUGUCUCGUACCUGAUGUCGGGUUUGUCGAUAUGUGUUUUUGUCAAAGAUUGAUUCCGAGGCCUUUUGUGUUGUAUGACGGUAAUCAUGGAGGGGCUAGCCAUGGAAUACAUCAUGGAGGGCAGCAUGAUGGAGGAGAUGUACGAAUGAUCCAUCAAAGGGACAUGAGUCUCAAGAAAUCCAUUCUAUCUUCAAGUAUCCCUCCAAGGGACAGCGUUAGCCUUAAGAGGUCCAUUCCAGCUUCAUGGGUCCCUCAAAUGGACGUCACCGGUGUCAAGAGGUCUGUUCUAGCUUCAUGGGUCCCUCAAAUGGACGACACUUGUCUAAAGUGGACCAUUCCAUUUUCUAGGAUCCAUCCAAGGGACGGAGCUAGCUUCAACAGGUCCGUUCUAGCUUUAAGUAUUCCUCCAAGGGACGGCGCUAACCUUGAGAGGUCUUGUCUAGCAUAAUGGGUCCCUCAAAUGGAAGGCGCCGGCCUCAAUUGGACCGUUCCAUUUUCUAGGAUCCAUCUAAGGGAUGACGCUAGCCUCAAGAGAUCCGUUCAAGCUUCAAGUAUCCCUCCAAGGGACAGCCAUAACCUCAAGAGGUCCAUUCCAGCUUUGUGGGUCCCU